CUUCAUUUUAUGUGUUCCACCAUUGUUCCAUGACCAUUGCACAUGACCACAAGGCAAACAUAUAAUUCUUCAUGUAAGACCAAAGUAUAGUUAACAAGAUGGCGGCCUGGAUUGAAGAACUUUUUCCUGCCAAGUACAAAAUCGAGGACUUACUUGACGACAUUGGGAUCGCUGUAGGUGAAGAAAAAAGUUCACGUAGCCAAAAAACAUAUGAAGAUAAUUUUCACAGCUACUUACUAAAAUAUGAAACUGACAGAUCAAAAGGAAAUGUGAAAUUUAAAAUCGAGAACAAGAACGAAAAAAAGGAAUGUAAAACUGAAGAAGUCCAACCAUCAUUUGGAGAGGGGUCUUACGGUCGAACAAAUGAUGGACACAGUAGAGAAGAAAGUAAAAACGACCAAAAUGGCAACACAACAAAAGAAAUUCAAGGGGGGUGCCCGUGGAAUCUUAAGGAACUAAACUUUCUUCGUCAAUCGUUGGAAUGUUCAAAGCUGAACACAAUUCGUUUGAGUGUUCUUUCUCGUGCGUUGCAAAAAGAUUGCGAGCGUGUGAAAGACAACUGUCGUGACCAAGAGAAACAACUUCUUGAGUUGAGACGGAAGUAUGGCGACGUUCUAAAACAAAAUAAAGCAUUGAAAAUCACCUGCAAAGCCUUCAAAGACGAUUCCAAGCAUGCGCACAUGCAGCUUGAGAACUGUCGUCGUCAGUUAGAAGAUGCUCGUAAAGAUAUAGUUGUUGCUGAAAAUGAGGUGAUGGAAAUGAAACAGAAAAUUGAUCGACAGAACCAACAGAAUUCACCUUCGCUAGAAAAGACCAAUACAUUAACAUUCAUUUUCUAAGUUGAAGUCACGAAGGUAAGUUCAAAAAAUUGACCAUAUUUAUUAACGCUUGAAACAAGUCACAUGAAAAACUUAGGCAAGAAAUAUCAAAUCUUAAGCCGACAAUUUACAACACAUAUUUUACAACAUAGGCCAUAGAAAGUGUAUCUAAAGUAUCUUUACUCUGUCAAAAUAUGGGCAGUUAAAUUUUCUUUUCUUGCGAAAAUCAAUUUUUUAUCCGUUCAA